AUGGACGGCGACAUCGCCUCGACGCUCAGCGGGUUCGCCUUGAACGAGGUCCUAUCCUCUCUCGACCUCGAUGCAUCGGCUCUCGGCGCCGUCCAGUCGCAGCUCGGCAUCAAGGGGACGAACGCCUUCAGCCGCGACUCGAUCUACGCCGACCGCUUCGCUGACGAUGACGGAGGGCUGGACGACGAGGACCUGGAGGACGACAGAGAGGAUUUUGAAGCGAUGAUUGACCGCGAGAUGCGCGAGGAGAAGUACGGCAAGAAGGGAGCGAGCGGGCCAAGCAGUGCGGCGGCAGGAGGACGGGGCAGGCUGUUGCGAGGAGAGGACGACGACUUUGACGAGGAUUACGACGAAGAUGAGGGCACGGCGGAUGAGCGAACGAGGGUGAAGGACGAGCCGAUGGACGACGCUCUCUUCGGGUCACCUUCGCCUGCUCCCGCUCAGCACCAGCCGAUGGAGGUUGAGAAGCUCGCGCCACCUCCAGCCAAGAAGAUCGACGUCAAAGAUCUGUUCCCGUCGUUCGAGCACGGCAAGACGCUCGAGUUCACCGAGCUGUUCGCCAUGCGGCCGCGCAAGAAGCGGCGAGUAGCGACGGACGGUGUCAAGCUUGCCCUCCCUACGCUUUCGGAAGUCCCGCGAGCAAGGUCAUCCCGGGACGCCCUCCUCGCCCCUCUCCGCUCUCUCCCGCCUUCGAAAGACGAGCACGUCCGCCAGAUGCUCUUGCAAGCAAAGGCCGAGUCGAUGCGAGAUGCGGUCAAAGCGGCGGGCGAGGAGGAGGGAAGCGAGGACGAGGAGCUCCGGAAGACGGUUGCUCGUGUCAAUUGCAAGGCGAGCACGAAGUGGAAGAUGCCGCGCGACGAGCGGGCGUUCGACCUUGCGGAGCUGGACGAGUGGGAGGAACGGAUCAUCUGGAACGACAGCAGCAAGCCCCAAGUGCUCGCCUCCGCCUUCCCAAAGCCGUUGCAACAUCGCAACGCUCUCUUCGAUGGCGGCGACUGGGUCAAGUCGAUUUUGUGGGACGGCGAAAACCCGGCCCGCGCUGAGUACUUCACGCGCCUCAACCUCAACCUCAACGACACAGAGAUGCUGCUGGAGGUGCACCAACCGAAGGACGACAACGCCCCGAAACGCAUCGCACCAAAGAACGCCCUCGGAUCCGCCGAGAUGCUUGCGCCUCGAGACGCCGACCUCGACCCGUUCAACCUCUCGAACGACAAGGAGUACGAAGUGCCGAAGGAGCAGAAGCGGCAGAUUAUCAGGCAAACGUUUGGCGCCCUCGAGGUUGUGCAUGCCUAUCCGGCGCAGAAGCUGCAGCUUCCUUUCUACAAGACCCGCUUGUCGAAGAACGAGACCCGCUCCUUCCACCGCCCCGCCCUCCAGUUCCCGCAAAACAUUCCGAUCAGCUUCACCAAGGUCCGCUCGAAGAAGAAGAAAGACAAGCACGGGCGCAAGAUCAAGAAGAGCGAGGGAGCCGAGGCGCUGCGCGGCAUGCAGGACAUCACGCUCAAGGACACGAGCAGCUUUGUCCUGUGGGAGUACUCGGAGGAGCACCCGCCUAUCAUCUCGAACGUCGGCAUGGGCAGCAUCAUCGUCAACUACUACCGCAAGAAGUCACCCGAGGACACCUUCAUCCCGCAUCUCGAAGUCGGCCAGCCGCUCCUCCUCGAAGGAACGGACGAGUCGCCCUUCAAGAUGUUCGGCUUCGUCCACCCCGGUCAGACGGUCACAACGCUGUACAACAACCUUAUCCGCGCGCCGCUUUUCAAGCAUCAGCCGAACGAGACGGACUUUCUCGUCGUCCGCGUCACAAUUGACGGCGAGACGCACUACUACAUCCGCUCGAUCCCGCACCUCUACGUCGUCGGCCAGACUUACCCGCAGAUCGAAGUCCCCGGCCCGCACUCGCGCAAGGUGACGACGCUGCAGAAGAACCGCCUGAUGACCAUCGCGUUCAAGCUCGUUGCCAAGAACAAGGAUUCGCGCAUUAAGGUCCACCGCCUGACCCGCUACUUCCCCGAUCACAACGACUUGCAGAUGCGGCAGAAGCUCAAGGAAUUCAUGGAAUUUGUCCGCAAGGGCGACAACCAGGGCUUCUGGAUGAUCAAGCCGUCGGUGCACAUCCCGUCCGAGGCCGAGAUGCUCAGGAUGGCCGAGCCGGAGACGGUCUGUCUCGCCGAGUCGAUGCAGGUCGGUUUGCGUACGCUCCAGGACGCUGGAUACACCAACAGCGCCGAGGAAGGCGGAGCCGGUGAGGACGACUCGAAGCUCGACAUCGAGCAACAGCUCGCGCCUUGGAUCACGACGAAGAACUUUGUCAACGCGAACGCGAACAAGGCGAUGCUCAAGCUGCAUGGCGAGGGUGACCCGACCGGACGCGGCGAGGCCUUCAGCUUCCUCCGCACGUCGAUGAAGGACAUCUUCCUGCGUGCGGGCGAGACCAUGGAGGAGAGGCUCGCCGACAUGGCGAACCGACCCAAGUCGGCGCACAAGUACAACGUCCAGGAGCAGCAGGAGAUCUACAAGGAGGAGAUUGCGCGGAUCUGGAAGUCUCAGUGGGACUCGCUCAGUCAGAAGCGCGAGCCGCUGCUCACGCAGGAGGACGAGGACCGUCACCGCGGACGCCUCAUCGCCGCCAAGAAGGCCGCUAACAAGGCUCUCGCCGCUUCCGCCGUCGAUACGCCGGGCUCCGCCGCAAAUACUCCUGCUCGCGCCGGCACUCCUGGCAGUCGAGCUGGCUCGGUCGAUCUCGACGAUGCGGCGAGCGUCGCCAGCGGUCGCAACGCCGGCAAAACGAAGACGCUCCGCAUCAAGCGCCUCGUCAUGGGCAAGUGGGAGACGGAGAUCGUCCGCGACCCUUCUGUCAUCAAGGCGUACGUCCACCAGCGCGCGCUUAUCGACGAGGAGAAGCUCGAGGCGAAUGAGCUCUUGCCUUCGGACGAUGAGAGCAAGAACGAGCGUCGUAAGAAGCGCCUCAAGGAGCAGCUCGAGAAGCUCAAGCGCAACCAGGAGCGUCGACUUGCUCGCAAGAACCAGAAGCUCGGUAUCGCUCCCGGCCAGAUCGGCGUCGGCGGCAAGAAGGCUGUCAAGACGGAGACUACUCGCGUCUGCGGCAAUUGCGGUCAGCGUGGCCACAUGAAGACGUCACGCAAGCUCUGCCCUCGCUGGGCCGAGUUCAACCAGCCCAAGUCGACCGACACCGGCUCGGCGCUUCCGACCAACUUUGGCGGAGGUCUCGCUCUUCCGCCCAUGGGUGCCGCCGCGAAGCCGACGCUCAAGGUCAAGCUCAGCCAGACGAACACGGCAGCGGGUACGGCGAGCUCGCCUCCGGCAGCUAGCUCGGCCGCCGCGACACCUGCUCCUCCUACGCCCGCACCUCCCGCCGACCAGCAACCGCCACCUCCUCCCGCCGCGCAACCUGGCGUCGCUGGACCCUCCGCGUAG